UUUUUUUUUCUUCACAAAUGCUCGUCACGUGGUAUGCAACAGUAUUUUUUCAUCGACUUAAUCAAAUACAAAGAUUUUUCACAUUCGACUCUAAUUAUGGGUUAUAAUAAAAUUCACACAAUAUUAUUUAAUAUUAUAAAAUCAAGUGUAUUCUUUAUUCGAUAUCGAUUAUAUAUAAUUAUUCGUUUCUUAAUAUUAUUGAUCCUUUGUUUAGCGUCUGUUUAUUUUUCAUCAAUACAUUAUUAUUCAUUCUAUUGUACUAAUCGAUUUAAACAAGGUUUAAUUGAAGCAAAUCAACGUAAUUUAUGGAAUGUAAAAGAUGGUGUAGGAAAUCGAUUUAUGCCAAUAUUAAUACCAGUUUGUGAUCGACCGCAUUAUUUAAAAAGAGUAUUAGAUGGUUUAAUUAGAGUCGAUGGAAUAGAUCAGACACUUGUUGUUAUUUCUCAAGAUUGUGCACAAUCAUCCAUUACAUCUUUACUAACAUCUCUUCCAUCUUCAAUUCGUACUUUAAUUCUUCCACAUACUCCUCCAUAUUUUUCUUUGCCACGUUAUGUCGAUACGAAUGAAUAUGCUACAUCUGCUAAUAUUAAAUUUUUAUUAGAAUUUGCAUUUGAACAUAUGUUAGCUGAUGGUGCAAUACUUCUUGAAUCUGACCUUAUACCAUCUGUUGAUUUUUAUCGUUAUCAUCAAUGGACUUAUCAAAAUCUAUUAAAUAUUAAUAAUUCGAAAAUACUUUCAAUUCAUUCUUUUAAUCUUCAAUCAACGAAUUCAUCUGAUCCAUAUGCUCUUUUUCCUCGUGGAUUCGAUUCUUGGGGUUGGUCAACAGCAAAAACAAGAUGGAGCUGGUUGAAAAGCCAAUGGACAAAAUACAAUAAUUGGGAUAGUAUUAUAAGUCGAACAGCUACACAAUAUAAAUGGAUAUGUUUACUACCAAAAUUAAGUCGAACAAGAAUGAUUGGUUUGAAAGGUAUUAAUGUGAAUGUUAAACUUGAAAAAGAAAAGAAACGAUUUGAAGAAGAAAUGUAUAUGAGUAAUAAAACAAUUGAAUAUCAUGAAAAAACACCGAAAAUUUUAUCUUCUUAA